CACGACUCCAGAAUAAUAAACAAGACAGUCUGACAAGAUGGCGCAAAACGACCCCUUCUAUCUUCGCUACUACUCCGGUCACUCUGGGCGGUUCGGGCAUGAGUUCCUAGAAUUUGACUUCCGCACCCUAGGAGACGGUCGCAGCGCAGGCGUUCGAUACGCGAACAACUCCAACUACCGCAAUGAUUCCCUGAUCCGCAAAGAGAUGUGCGUGAGCGCAGUGAUGAUCCAGGAGAUCAAGCGUAUCAUCAAAGACAGCGACAUCCUGAAGGAAGAUGAUUCGAAAUGGCCGCAGAAGAACAAGGAUGGUCGACAGGAAUUGGAAAUCCGCUUGGGCAAUGAACACAUUUCUUUCGAGACCGCGAAAAUCGGCUCGUUAGUAGAUGUCACCGAAUCGGCAGAUCCGGAAGGACUGCGUGUGUUCUACUACCUCGUCCAGGAUCUCAAGGCUCUCAUUUUCUCCCUCAUCUCUCUUCACUUCAAGAUCAAGCCUAUCUAAAUCGAACGAUAUCAUGAAAGCGAUUUUGGAUUCUACGAAGGAGCAUCGGGCGUUUUGUAUUGAAGUGACCGGAUACCAGAAACAGCAAUGACACAAUCUGUUUUGGGUGACAGUACCAUCUUUUAUGCACAGAAUUAAAUCAAAGCCAUUGCCAUUCGCAUGAACCAUGUCUACUGUUACCAUAGGGGACAUUUCUUCUGAUCAUACUGAGUAUAUUAUGAACGAGAAACCCACUACGCUAUUCAAUCAGCAGCUCAUUCCCGGGACAU